ACCUGAAAUUGCACAGACGAACAUAUGCAUCUCCUUUAGAAGACGUACUGCGAUCAACAUCUUCUGGUGCUGUUACUCGGAAACGGAAACGCUAACGUAUGAAAUGUGUAUAGAUGACGUCAGGUUCAUUGAGUACUCGUCGUCGAUUUGACCUUCAUAUUGAACCACCGAUCUCCAAACAUUUACUGCUUAGAACUAUACAUCAUGUCUCGACAAAGCUAUACAUCGUUCCAAAAGCAUCUGCUGUUCUUCUCGACGCCCACGAACCCACCGAGACUUACCUUCAUAUCCGCGUUGAAAGGUGCAUGCGCACUCGGACUUGACUUUCCAGUCUCAGUAGUCUUAAGCCUUGGCCUGAAGUUGCUUUACACGCCGUUCAGCCUAAAGGGCAUUGACAUAAACGAUAUUCCUCUCUCGUCUCAGCGAAGCCAGCUCAGCAAUGUCACGUUACCGACAGCCAAGAAUGAGUUCACAUGCUCCGAGCUCCUUCGACUCCUUGACCAGGAACGCAAUCCAGGAUUCAUUAAGCAUAAGAUUGAUCAGGGGCACCUUGUAGGAUUCUGGAGUAUGGCGGCUGAUACGCGCACGCAUACUGUUGGCAGAGACGAUGUUGAGCGGUUCCAGCAAGGAGAGUGGGAGGCAGCGGUUACAGAGCGGAGACGGGAAUCAGACGAAAUCCUGCCGUUGUGGAGAGGAGGGCCGAUUUGGGCAGGGGGUCACAGCUGGGCUGUUGAUAAGCUGCUCGGCGUGAGUGUCUAUAAACCGAAGAAAGAAUGAGAAGCACGGCAAUUAUUUCGUGUGUUAUAAUUGACUGGGAAAUGCAGAUCAGAUAGCUAUUGAAGACUUGAUAAUUAGACGUAGUAAUGUAAGACACUUUAAGGUGUGGCUGAUGUCAAAGUGCAAUGACCCACAUUUAAUACACGAACGCGUCGCGCCCUGCCUCGUCCACUUUGGAC